GCAGCGACAGUUGGGACAGUCCGCGGCGCAGAGCAGGCUCUUCGUUUCCACACAAACAACUGUGUCAGUCUCCCUGAAGACACGUGCAGGUUAUAUAAGCAGUGAGACAGUUAACCAACAGACAGCACCGACACAGAGGACCGUACAGCCGCAGCCGUGAAGCAGAGAAUCCGAACAAAGCGCAACAUGUCGGCGUGUGAGUUCGAGUCCCUGGAGGAGUGUCUGCGGAGUCACCUGCCUCCCGCGGAGCUGUCUGAGGUCUCCAGGAUCCUGUUCGGGAGGGAGACUACGAAGCUGGAGCUCCCGGCCUGUGCUGUGGACGCCGCCUCUGAACGUGACUUUGAGCUGAAGGGUUAUGGGUUUGAAGCUGCUCUGGAACAGCUGAGGCCGGCGAGGAGGAUCCGGGUGGGACUCAUACAGCACCACAUUGUCCUGCCCACUGACGCACCCAUCCUGGACCAGAUCAAUGCCAUGCACAGCCGGGUCGGUGAAAUGGUCGAGGUGGCGGCCAUGUGUGGUGUGAACAUCAUCUGCUUUCAGGAGACCUGGACCAUGCCCUUUGCUUUCUGCACCCGUGAAAAAGAACCAUGGACGGAGUUUGCGGAGUCAGCUGAAGAGGGAAACACCACGCGCUUCUGCCAGGAGCUGGCCAAAAAAUACAACAUGGUGGUUAUUUCCCCAAUCCUGGAGCGGGAGGAGAUGCACAACACUCUUUGGAACACAGCAGUGGUGAUCUCCAACUCUGGAAAUGUACUGGGAAAGAGCAGGAAGCAUCAUAUUCCCAGGAUUGGAGACUUUAAUGAGUCUACAUAUUACAUGGAGGGCGACACCGGCCACACAGUGUUCCAGACACAGUUCGGUAAGAUAGCUGUGAAUAUCUGCUACGGGCGGCAUCACCCUCUGAACUGGUUCCUGUACAGUAUGAAUGGAGCUGAGAUCAUCUUCAACCCCUCAGCUACUGUGGGAGCCCUCAGUGAGCCCAUGUGGCCUAUAGAGGCCAGGAAUGCAGCAAUAGCCAACCACUGUUUUACUUGUGCAAUCAACCGUGUGGGGACAGAAACUUUCAAAAGUGAAUUCACAUCUGGUGAUGGAAAAAAAGCUCACCAUGACUUCGGACUCUUCUAUGGAUCCAGUUACGUGGCUGCUCCUGACGGCAGCCGCACCCCGGGCCUCUCUCGGACCCGUGACGGGCUGCUAGUGGUGGAGAUGGAUCUCAACCUGAACAGACAAAUCAGCGAUAAAUGGAGUUUUAAGAUGACUGGGAGGUACGCUGAAUACGCAGAGGAACUCACCAGGGCUGUCAGACAUGAUUUUAAACCCAACAUAGUGAAGGAGUAGACAUUACACACGUUUACUGUCGGCCAUAUCAGAAUGAAACACACCAAGUUACAUUUUGUGUUCAUCGUCAUAAUAAAGUGUGUGUGACUGAU